CGAAAGUUGAAACGGCGUCAUUUCUUGUGAUGCCCUAGUCUGUCGGAUCACCCAGCCCUCAACGUCUCUCUUCUCUGGACUCCUGGUGUCUCUUUCUCGUCGCUCUCUCCCUCAACCUCAAGCUCUCUCACCUCCGAUCUCUGACUUCUCUCUCGGUCUCGCACUCACUGUCUCGGACCGAGGCUCGUCGUCGCGCUCUGUGUCGUCACUGUAUCGAACCCUGUCCCCGCCUUCCACCUUCCUGCGCUCGCUUCGCCGGCGGCAGAAGAAGACGGAACCAGCAUCUGGUCCCUCGGGUGGUGGUCAUUGUCGUCUUCUUGCUUCGGGCCAUCAGUUCAGCUGGUCAGCUUCCUUCACCGUCACCGUCUCGCUCCCAGUCGCGCCCCUUCCCCGCGAUCGUCGUCGCCGCGGCAGAAGCAGCAAGUCCCGGGCAGGUCGUCGUCGUCGCUAUCUGUCUCGUCACCGUCGUACUCCGACGCGCGCCUUCCCUGCGCUUGUUGUCGCCGGCAGCAGAGGCAGCAGGUCCCGGUGUGCUAGUCUUCGUUGUCGUCUUCUUGCUUCGAGCCUCGCCGUCAGCUUCCUUCGCUCAACCCGAUUUGUUAUGUAACGGUUCUUUGGUAGUGGAAGGAAAUAAGCAAUUGAUCAUUAGUUUCAUAUCUACAGGAACAACAAAUUCGAUAGAUGCGAGAAUAGCUUGAUAGAAGGAUGGAAUUUUGCUUCCUAAGGAUUUUAAAGCUCACUAUGAAAGUACUCGUGAUGUUAUUGCUAUUUCUGGGCAAUAUCAAGAACUCUACAGCAUAUUUUUCAUCGUCUUCUGAGGCUACCAUGCAUACUAAUAAUUGGGCUGUUCUGGUCUGCACAUCACGCUUCUGGUUUAACUAUCGACAUAUGGCAAAUACGUUGUCACUGUAUAGGACAGUUAAGCGGCUAGGAAUACCUGAUGAGAGGAUUAUACUCAUGCUAGCAGAUGACAUGGCAUGUAAUGCAAGAAACAAGUACCCUGCGCAAGUUUUUAAUAAUGAAAACCAUAGACUUAACCUGUAUGGGGACAAUGUUGAGGUAGAUUAUCGUGGUUAUGAAGUGACAGUUGAAAACUUUCUGCGUGUGCUUACUGGACGUCAUGAGACUGCUGUUCCAAGGUCCAAGCGACUUCUUAGUGAUGAAGGAAGUCAUAUUCUCCUCUAUAUGACAGGGCACGGUGGUGAUGAGUUUUUGAAGUUUCAGGAUUCAGAAGAACUUCAGAGUCAUGAUUUAGCUGAUGCUGUGAAGCAAAUGAAAGAGAAGGGCAGGUUUAAGGAACUGCUGAUAAUGGUGGACACUUGCCAAGCUUCUACACUCUUCUCUCAGCUUCAAUCACCUGGAGUUCUGGCAAUUGGAAGUAGCAUGAAAGGAGAGAAUUCAUAUUCACAUCACUUGGAUUCAGACGUUGGUGUUUCAGUUGUUGAUCGUUUCACUUUCUAUACACUUGCCUUCUUUGAGAGGCUGAAUAUUUAUGACAAUGCCUCAUUGAGCAGUCUUUUCAAUUCGUAUAAUCCGAAUCUGUUGAUGUCAACUGCUUACUACAGAAGGGACCUAUACCAACGCCAUUUAGAAGAGGUACCUGUGACAAACUUCUUUGGCUCUGUGAUGGAAACAAUACACACUGAUUCAGCAUAUACAUCCUUGACAAAUAAAAAUUUUGGGGGAGCUAAAACCAAAACAUUUUUGGGUCAAUCUUUCUCCAGCAGUGACAUAAAUUCUGUGAGAAACUCUGAUGAUGAAGAUCAAUUCAAUAAUUUAACUGCAGAGGAAGAUCAACACGAUGAAGCUGGACAGUGUAUUUUCUGUGCCAUGGAUAGUGGACAUCUGUGGAGUUUUAUUCUCGGCAAUGUUAGUACACACGAAAGUGUUGAUUUCUUUGUGUGCUAUGGCCUGGUUUUAAUGCUUCCUCUUUUGGUGUUUUCGACAUGGCUAUCAUUGUAACUGGUUGAAGAAAACAUUCUAUAAGUCUCUAAGCUGAGUUCCAUUGACGCCAGAUGUCAUGGUGGCUUCCUAUGCAAUUUCACACCAUGAAGAUUUAUCAGGGCUUUUACUUGUUCGUGGGGGUAUAUGCACACUGAGAGAACUUCAUAGUUGCGUAGCAGUUAUAUUAUAUUGGCUAUUUUAUCCUUGAUGCAGAGUUGAGUUCUUCAGUUAUAAUGUGUUCCACGAACAUGAUCUUUCUCUCCAUGAAUACAUUAUAAAUGAACCAUCAAAAGAUUUUAAUGCU